AUGGAUACUUCACUGCGAUUCUCAUUGCUCUGUGCUGUUUCGAUCGUUGCGAUGCUCUGCUCACCCACGGUGACCGCCAUUGAUGGGCUGCGAGGAAGCUUCACGCCUCCAACCGUACCGCUAACGCCACCGCCGACUCCACAAGAACUCCAAGAACACUCGUUCUUCUCUCAAACGGCACUCCUCCCUCCGAUCUUGUCUCAUCUCGGUUUUCAAGAGCUUGCCACGGCGGCUCCUUCACUCUCUGACUCAACUUCCCCCGCUGCCACCUCCUGGACCGGUCCUUCUACGAUCUUUGCUGCGUCAGAUGCGUCCAUUCGCACCUGUUACUCCUGCUCUGUUCCUAAUCUUCUUCGUGAGCAUAUCGUUCCAGGAUACUUUACCAUGGAUUAUCUGCGGAAACUUGCCUUUGGAACCAAGAUCGAAACCUUGAGUCCAGGCCGCUGCAUUACUGUCACUUCUGAUUCGAUCAACGGAAACUCCAGCAAUGCUGCUGACGUGAAGGUUUUCAUCGGAGGAGUGGAGGUCACGCAGCCCGAACUAUUCAACAACGGUAUGGUGGUUAUUCAUGGCAUUCAAGGCUUUGUCGCACCACUGUCUCCGUUUUCUUGCGAUGUAGAGAGGAUGUCUUCACACUCGUACCCGUACCAUCUAGAUCAUCGUUCCGGUCACCACAUCCCGUCCGGCUCAAUGCAGACAGCUAUCAUGCGCUUAAUGAUCAGAGACGCGAUUCUCCGGCUCCGUAAUAAUGGCUUCAGCAUCCUAGCCCUCGCGAUGAAGGUGAAGUACUCCGAGCUGGUCACCCUCAAUAACAUGACGAUAUUCGCCGUUGACGAUCUAUCCAUCUUCUCCGGUUCGCAUUCUUAUAUCAGCAAUGUGAGAUUCCACAUCGUGCCGAAUCAUUACUUGACAUUUACGGACCUGGAAAAGCUACCGGUAGGAACGCCUCUGCCGACAUUGGAACGAGGCCAAACGCUGCUCAUCACUACCUCCAGUGGAGGCUUAACCUCAGCGCCGAUGAGGAUUAACUAUGUUAGGGUUAAGGUGCCGGACGUUAUCCACAACAUCAAGAUGGUGGUGCAUAGUAUUUACUUGCCAUUUCCACAUAUCAGUCCUGUGGCUGCGGCUUACGACAGUAUACUUGGAGGUGAAGGAGCGGCUCAUGCGUCGGCAGAUCAGAUGAUGGAAGGAACCUGUGCUGCUAUAAAUGGGAAUGGAAAUUGCAGCGAGCCGCCAAUACCUCAGGCCAAGCCGAUGGUGGAGAUUGAAGAUCACCAUGGCCUGUGA